GUACUUCUAUCUCUCUCUCUCUCUCUCGCUCUCCCUCCCAACUGCGACUGAAAAUGGAGAACAAGGAAGAAGCAGAGCUCUCACCACCACCACCACUACCACCAUUACCACCACCUCAAAACCCUAAUACAGAACUAUCAACAACAGCAAAAUCACCGCCGCCGUCGCCGCAACACCGCCACCGUGCACCACCAAAACGCUUCAUAAAAAACCAAAUCCCAGACUCAAUUACCAACAACGCCGCCCUCAACGCCGCCAUAGCUCUCCUACCUGCAAACUACAACUUCGAGGUCCACAAAUCUAUCUACCGAGUCCUCUCCACAAACUCCAAGCGCAUCGCUCUCCAGUUCCCCGAAGGCCUCCUCAUGUACUCCCUCGUCCUUUCCGACAUCUUCACUUCCUUCGCCGCCGUCGAAUCCUGCUUCAUCCUCGGCGACGUCACCUACGGCGCUUGCUGCGUCGACGACCUCUCCGCCGCCGCACUCUCCGCCGACCUCCUCAUUCACUACGGCCACAGCUGCCUCGUCCCCAUUGACAACACUUCGAUCCCUUGCCUCUAUGUCUUCGUCGAUAUCAAAAUCGAUGUGAAUCGCUUGAUCGAAACAAUCAAGCUUAAUUUCGAUUCGUUUAUCCACAAACAGAUCGUUUUGGCCGGGACGAUUCAGUUCGCGAAUGCGAUUCGGGCCGCGAAGCCUGAAUUGGAAACCCUAGGGUUUAGGGUUUUGGUGCCGCAGUCGAAGCCGUUGUCGGCUGGGGAAGUUCUGGGUUGUACUGCGCCGAGUAUUGUGAAAAAAACUACUGGUUUUAAUGAUGAUGAGAUUGUGAUUGUUUUUGUGGCUGAUGGGAGGUUUCAUUUGGAAGCUUUCAUGAUUGCAAACCCUAAAAUUAGGGCUUUUCGGUACGAUCCGUAUAUUGGGUCUUUGUUUUUGGAAGAGUAUGAUCAUAAGGGUAUGAAGGAAUCGAGGAGGAAUGCGAUUGUGAAGGCGAGGGAGGCGAGGAAUUGGGGGAUUGUGAUGGGGACUCUUGGGAGGCAAGGGAAUCCGAGGAUUCUCGAUAGGUUGGUGAAGAAGAUGAGGGAAAAGGGUUUGGCUUGGACUGUUGUGUUGAUGUCGGAGUUAUCGCCAAUGAGGAUUGCCUUGUUUGGGGACUCGGUUGAUGCUUGGAUUCAGAUUGCUUGUCCUCGGCUAUCAAUUGAUUGGGGUGAUGCUUUUGCAAAGCCACUUUUGACUCCAUUUGAGGCAGAGAUUUGCCUUGGUGAUUUACCUGGUUGGUGGGAGAGAAAGCCAGUGGAGGAUUUGAAUUCAUGUUGCAAUGAUGGUUUGGAUUGUUCGAAGAACGAAUCGUGUUGUGUGGGUAACAAUGGGGAUAUAAAAGAUAAGGAAGGGGAUGCUGUGGAUUAUCCAAUGGACUAUUAUGCUCAGGAUGGAGGGGAAUGGAAUUCGUGUUACUCGAAGAAGCAAUCUCAGCCUACACGAAGAAAUCGUAUUAUUUCUUCUAAUGGUAGUGCCUAACAUGCUUUUGGGAAUGAGUUCACAUUCAAAGAUGCCAUCUUGGACUAUAAUCUGCUGAAGAUAAGAGUGCAAUCGAAGCGUACUAGUGAGUGUUUGAACUCUCCUUGCAUCUUUGAGUUAGUAUGGUGAGGUUUUUUUGCCACCUCCACUGUUAAUUUAAUCUUCAUUUUUCAUUUUUGUAUUGUAGUGUAGGAAAUACACACAAGACUCGUGCAAUCUGUAUUUUUCUUCCUGGUCUUUUGAAUUUUGAUUUUUUUAAAAUAUCUAUUUCAUUAAUUUAAAGAUCAAGACAUCUUUUCUCUUGGGA